AUGACUGACGCUUUGGCUCCAAAGUUCGAAGUAUUCGAAAAGAAAUCAGAUGCUGAUUUAGAAAGUUCUGUUGACAACAGUGAACAGUUUGAGAAAAAAGGACCACAAGUCGAGACUCUUGUCGAGACAGACUCAAACGAUGCGGAAACUGAAACUAAGGGUAAAUGGCUUCGCUUCGUAGACAAGGCCAUUAAAUUCUUGGAAGUUAAACAAAGAACCAACCUUUCUUCCACCUCCGAUCACCGUGCUGAAUCAUUUAUAGAAUCCUUCCUCUACAAUGAUGAUUUGAGACCAGUCGAGAGCAAGAGAAGAGUAUGGGAUUGGAAACAGUACAUUAGUUUCCUAGUUUCUGGUGCAUUAAACGUCAACACUUUGGAAACCUGUGUUAUCGGUUUGCAAUUGGGUCUAACAUGGUGGCAGACAUGGAUCAUGUCUUCCUUGGGUUUCACAUGUGUCGCUGUGUAUGUUACACUUGCGGCUCGUGUCGGUAACAUGUACCACAUUUCGUUCCCAAUUACUGCUAGAGUAUCAUUUGGUAUCUACUUUUCGAUUUGGAUUGUCAUCAACCGUGUUGUGAUGGCUGUUGUUUGGUAUGGUGUUCAAACUUAUAUUGGGUCUCAAGCAGUGCAAAUCAUGCUCAAGUCGAUUUUCGGUAAUGAUUUAGAGCAAAAGGUCCACAAUACUUUUAAUAGUCCAAACGUUACUACAUUCCAGUUCAUGUGUUUCAUGUUAUUCUGGGGUGCACAAUUGCCAGCUUUGUGGUUUUCUCCACAUACGUUGAGACACUUGUUUGUUACUAAGACUGUCAUUACUCCAAUUGCCUUGAUCGCUUUCUUGAUCUGGGUUGUUAAGAGGUCUGACGGCCACUUAGCCCUUGGCUCCUUGACUUCCGAACCACCAUCCAAGUCUCUCUUGGGAUGGGCAUACGUGAGAUCGAUGAUGGCUGCCCUUGACAAUUUCUCUACUUUGAUUUUGAACACUCCAGAUUUCACCAGAUUUGCUAAAACCCCACGUUCUUCGAUCUACCCACAAUUAUUGUUCAUUCCAGUCUUGUACUCUGUGCUUGGUAUUAUAGGUAUUAUUAUUGCUUCUGCUGCCUUCCACAUUUACCACGUUAACUACUGGAACCCAUUGGAUGUGUUGAGCAGAUUUUUGGAUCACUACACAUCUGGGACCAGAGCCGGUGCGUUCUUCAUCUCGACUUCCUUUGCAUUAGCCCAACUUGGUACUAAUGUUGCCUCAAACUCGAUCAGUGCUGGUACGGAUAUGACUGCGCUUUUCCCCAAGUUCAUCAACAUCAGACGUGGUUCGUACAUUUGUGCUGCGAUCUCUUUGGCUAUUUGUCCAUGGAACUUGAUGGCCACCUCUUCCAAGUUCACCACAGUUUUAUCUGCAUACGCAGUUUUUUUGUCCAGUGUUUCUGGUGUUAUUGCCGCUGAUUACUACGUCGUACGGAAGGGUGUGAUCAACUUGCACCACUGUUACACCAACAAGCUCGGAACGCUCUACAUGUACAACAGGUUUGGUACCAACUGGAGGGCCGUUGUUGCGUACGUUAUCGGAAUGAUUCCCAACUUCCCUGGGUUCGUUGGGUCCAUCGGUCCUCACGUUCCAAUUGGCGCUAUGAAGUUGUUCUACUUGAACUACUUCGUUGGCUGGGGGCUCUCGUUUUUGGUGUACGUCGGUUUGUGCUACUACUCCCCAGUUGAGGGGAUGCCCAAGGAUGUCAAGCUCUUUGAGAGAGUAUGGCUCGAGAAGUGGGCUGAAGUUGAACAUUUCAACGAGGAGAGAAAGGAGCUGCAAGAAAACGACUACAAUGUGGAUUCGGAGUUCCUAACCACCACUGGCGCGCAAUUGCACGACUCUGUUUCGGAGACGAAGGAAUCCAGUACCCGAGAGUUUUAA